UUUUUUAUUAAACUAUUGUUAGUUUAGUGUAUAUAAGACAACAAAUGUUUAAAUCUUUAUUAUGAUUGAAAAAAAAAAGAAAAAAAUCUAUUAAAAAAAAAAGGGAAGCGAAUUUGGGGGAGAGUGGAGUUUUGAGUUGGACAUGGUCAAAUUGUUUCUUCAGCUUUUGUUUUUUUUUGCAAUUUUCCCAUCCUCACUCUUCCGCUUAGAGGAGCACAACACCACGAUGACUAUAACGACGAAAGCGAUGGAGAGAGGAUUCAAGCUGAUUCUGGGUUCUCAGUCCAUGGCGAGAAAACGGAUUCUGGCUGAAAUGGGAUACGAUUACACCAUCGUGACUGCAGACAUUGAUGAGAAAGCUAUUAGGACAGACAAGCCUGAAGAUUUGGUUGUUGCUCUUGCUGAAGCCAAGGCAAAUGAGAUCAUAUCAAAACUGGGAGGUGAAAGCCAGUUUGCACAGGAUCCUCAACCAACACUCUUGAUUACUGCAGACACUGUUGUUGUAUACAAAGGUGUUAUUAGAGAAAAACCAACCACUAAAGAAGAAGCUCGUGAAUUUAUCAAAGGAUACUCCGGAUCACACGGAGGUGUUGUGGGAUCUGUCCUCGUUAGGAACUUGAAAACUGGUGUUAAAAGAGGAGGAUGGGACAAAGCAGAGGUCUAUUUCCAUGAGAUACCAGAACAAGUCAUCGACGAUCUUAUUGAUGAUGCAAUAACUUACAAGGUUGCUGGAGGCUUAACACUGGAGCAUCCCCUCAUUUCACCAUUUGUCGAUUCCGUGGUGGGAGGAGUUGAUACAGUCAUGGGACUUCCUAAAGAACUCACUGAAAAAUUCAUCAACGAUGUGUUGUAGCUCAAUCCCCUUUUGAUUAUGUAGUAGGAAGGCUUUAGAUUAAUACCUUUUGAAUCUCUAAUCCCAUCAAAUCAUUCAUAUUGUAAGCUGGUAAACACAUAGAUUUACCGUAUCCAUGAUUCUAAGCAACAAUGAUGUUUUCGGAUUCCAAACUCUUAUAAAGCAAUUGAAAUGUGUCAAUUUUUGCAGUUUAAA